GAACCAUCUUGUAACUGGACUUUACGAAUAAAUUGGUUUUCACCGUACCCCACCAAACAAUGCCCCUGCGUUUCGUCGACUUCCCUUCUGACCCCAAUUCAUUGAAAUCGGUGCCAGGAGACUACUUAGUUAUCUAUUCAUCUCUAACAGAUGGAAAACUAUGGUGCCCAGACUGCGUUGCUGUUGAUGACACUGUACAGAGUGUUUUCGGAAACAAUGAUGGCCCUUCUGCACUAAUCGUAUACGUUGGUCAAAAGGCAGACUGGAAAACACCUUCCAAUCAAUUUCGCGGAGAGCCUUGGAAGAUCCAGUCUGUUCCUACCAUAAUCAGACUACGAGAUGAUGCACGGCUUGUCGAUAUGGACAUAAUACAUCGCCUACAUGGGUUUGUGGAGGAUGGAUUUAAUCUUACAGGGAACUAGACACGUAUCCUGGCAGAAAUUAGCAUUGACUUCGAUCUGUUGCUAUCAUAGCAAAUGAAAUAUAUGUGACUAUCAUGAGCUAUUGCCAGGUACAUCGACGCGGACAGUUUUGCACAGCAGUUUUGUGGACCUGAUCCGUCCCUGUUGUGUCAAUGUGUCAUUAGUAGUAUCUUGGUCAAAACACGUCAUCAUUGCAACCAAUUGCAUAUCAGUAC